AUGUCACGGUCGCCUGAUGCCGACGUGAUGUCCAGUGACGAGGAAGAAGAGGAAUAUGAGCGGCAGCGACAGCUCAACAUGCGCAACAACAACUCGCUCCUUGCUGAGCUCGGCCUUUCGGGUGCCGGGUCACUAUUCUCGUCACAAAACACUGGCGCCCAGUCUACGCCAGUUCCCCGCCGUCGAGUCCAUCGCCAUCGCGAGAUUGUUGACCGCUCGGGCCAUGUGCUCACAUUGCCUCCACCGGGUGCGCGACAGCGACUGGCGUGUGUAGAACUCCGAAGCGAUCGACGAAAACGUCGCGCCAUUGAACAGGGCGAGUACGUCGACUGUGCGCACUGGGAGUUGGGUGAGGAGCGGCGGUGGCGCUUUGGCGACGGCGAGGGUGCGCCGUUGGCAGAGGGCGAGGACGAGCUGUAUGGCGGCGUCGGUCCCACCUUUCGAUGGAUGACGCUGGAAGAGAUCGAGAAGGCUGCAAAGCCCAAGCACGACGACGGCCAAGUUGUCGAGGUCGUGUCAGACUCUGAAGAGUCUCCAAUGCCAACAACGCCACCGCCAAAGGUCCGUGGCGAGAAGGUCCACUACUCUAUGCUUCCUGGCCUUGCAUGCCACCAAUGCAGACGCAAAUCCGAAAAGGCAAAGAUGCGCUGCCGAAACGUCGAUCCCGAGUGCGGCAAAUUGUUCUGCACCUCAUGUUGCGCGCGAUACGACUAUUUCGAGUUUGACGAGGAUUCCCGCUCGUUCAUCUGCCCCGUCUGCAUAGGCAUUUGCAGCUGCUCCAUCUGCCUGCGCAAACGCGGCCUCGGUGACCUCGUCGCCAAACCCUUCAGCAUGGGUGGCAGAGCUGCAACUGCGGCACGGCCCGAGGGGUCGGUGCAAAAGUACCUUGAACGCAUGGCCGACCCCGGCUUUGACCGUGUGCGCAUCGUUUGCCGCGACGACGACAUUGUUACGGCGCCAUUGCCGCCAGAGUGGAUCGCGUGGAUUGAUGAAAAGGAAGGUAAGAACCGCCCGCCUACUACUUUCGGCGCGGGCAAAGGCAAAGGAAAAGGAGGUAAGGGGCGCAAGAGCCAGGCUGCCGGCAACGAGACUGGAGACACCUCCCCUCGCAAAGCCAACGGCGAGCCCAAGAAGAAGCGCAGAAAGACCGCGUCCAAGAAUGAUGUCGAAUCUAUCGUCUUGCGCAUUCCGGCUCUCGGGCGACCCUCCGUCGACGCUAUCGAGCAGGUCGACUCGCCACGAGAAAAAGUCGUCGACUCGGACGGUGAUACCGUCGAUGCGUACUCGGAUGACGACCAAGCCAUCCCACGUCCACUCCCUACUCCCCUCCUCGCCAUUCGACCCCAGUUCCACCAGCGCAUGAACCUCCCGGGCGAUGGUACGGGUGCUCCCCGGCGCUCUGCCACUCCUUCCUCGGACGCAUCCGCCACCUCGGAGCGUGCGUACGGUUUCUCGUUUGAGGAGCAGGGCCCACCCAACCCGAGUAUCAACGACUUCCUCGCCAGUCUCCAUCCCACACCCGCCGAUUCCCACCUCCUGGAACAGUCCGGUAGCAGCAUUUCGCUCGAAAUCGAUGUCGAGUCAACCACCAUGGACAUGGAAAUGACCCUCGACAACCCGGCCGACUUCACACCCACCAGCGCCGCCCAGGCCCAAGUCAUGGAUAGCAUCACGCUCACCCCCGCACCGCCACGAGGCCUAUCCACCUUGUCUAUGAACCUGUCAACCCUCGGCGAAGAGAUUGCCGUGAACGAGCCCCGCACACCAGUCACGCCGCUCACACCACAUGCCGUCGCACAUGGACCGGUUUCGCGCAACCGCACUCACACGCCGUUGACACCCGGCGCCGGCCUCAGUCUGGCGCGUCUCCUCCCGGACCGCCUGCUCAUGAGCCAGGGCGACCCGCUCGCCGACGUCUAUUUCGACCAGCCCAGCAUCGUCCGCGAGCUCCCCCUGACUGAGAGGCGCGAGCCGUCGCCCCCCAUGCAGCCAUCGGGUGUGAUGUCCGUCGCGGCGCUAGUGGGCGACGCGAGCGUCGGCAGCAACGAGGCCAACAUGAAUCGUUUUAGCGGUUACAACGGGGAGUACGGUGGUGCCCGGGCCUCAACCUCGCUAUCGCCCACGUCUCACACAACCCCACGCCGCCGCCGCCCACCACCGCCAGCGGCCCACAUUGUCCGCGCGCCGAAACACGCGCCUGACCUGUCUCCCAGACCUCCACCGCACGGCUCGGCACUACCCGACGAGCGAGUCUACACGGCCGAGACGGGGCAACGAGAAUGA